AUGAAUGGAGAAAUAGCAACAAGUGAGGCCGAUUCUUUACAUAAGAAUCUUCCCUCAAAAUGGCUUAUCUGGAAGCAUCGACGUUACAUAGUAGCCCUUAUGGCUUUUUUAGGGUUUUUCAAUGUGUACGCUUUAAGAGUAAACUUAAGUAUAGCUAUAGUCUCUAUGACGUCAGACAGAUUUGAAACUUCUGACAAUGGAACUGUGAUAAACAUGGGACCAGAAUUCAGUUGGAACAACGAAAUCCAAGGUUAUAUUUUAAGCUCUUUUUUUUACGGUUACAUCACAACUCAGUUACUAGGAGGUUAUUUUGCCAACAAGUAUGGCGGUAAAGUGAUUUUUGGCACUGGAAUCGCUGUUACAGGAGCCUUAACUUUUAUUACUCCUUGGGUGGUCACUGCCAAUGCCUACUCACUUAUUGCUGUUAGGAUUAUUGAAGGAAUUUUUGAGGGUGUAACUUAUCCAAGUUUGCAUGCGAUUUGGUCAGAAUGGGCACCGCCAUUGGAAAGAACUGGAUUGUCGAUGUUAGCUUCGGCUGGUAGCUAUUUUGGUACCGUGGUAGCGAUGCCUUUGAGCGCUUUACUAGCGGAAAGGUUUGGAUGGAGAAGCAUUUUUUUCUUUUUUGGUGCUCUCGCAUUAUUAUGGUAUAUUCUAUGGAUGCUGGUAGUGACAAACUCGCCAAAUCAAGAUUCAAAAAUAACCGAACUUGAGCUAAACUACAUCGAGUCCUCCUUGGAAAAAAUUCCAAAUGACGACGAGCCUCAUAAGACACCAAUUCCGUGGAAAUCUAUGGCGUGUACGAAAGCAAUUUGGGCGAUUUGUGUAUCGAACUUUGCAGAAAAUUGGGGUUUUUACACAUUCCUUACUCAGCUGCCGAAAUAUUUGAAAGACAUUUACAAUUUCAACUUGGGUACUUCCGGCUUCCUGUCUGGCUUGCCUUAUUUAGCCAUGGGCAUAGUGUUACCGGUAUCAGGCCAAUUAGCAGACUUCCUGAUAUCCAAAGGUUAUCUAACAGUGACUCAAACUAGGAAAAGUGCUUCAUUUUUAGGCUUUGUGGCUCAGUUUUGCUUUUUAAUGACUGUCGCCUAUGUUUCCAGCGAAGUUGUUACCGUUUUAUGUUUGACUUGUGCUAUUGGAAUCGGGGCUGUUGCAUUUGGAGCUUAUUGUGUGAACCCUUUAGAUAUUGCUCCGCAGUAUGCUAGUAUCAUUUUGGGGGUGAGCAAUACGUUUGGAACUAUACCUGGAAUAGCAAGUCCCAUUUUCGCUGGCUAUAUUGUAUCAGAUAAUCCAACUAUAUACGAAUGGCGUAUUGUUUUCUUUGUAGCUGCCGGUAUUUAUUUGCUUGGAGCAUUUUUCUAUGUGAUUUGUGGAUCUGGAGAAGUCCAGGACUGGGCUGAAUGUAGAAAAGAAGAAGACUGAUAAAAGUUAAUAAACGCUCAUUUAUUAUUUUGAUCUUUUAAUUCUGGCUAACUUGCAUUGCAAGUGGAGGCGC